AUGAGUGAGAAAAAUUUGGAAACAACUUCACAGCAGCGGAAACUUCCUGAAUGGAUGUCUAUGCAGAAUAAGAGAUGUGCUGUGGAAGGAAGAAAGUCAUCUGUUCAGAAGAGUAUUUUUGAAGAUGAACUCCCCUUCUUAGAAUUCACUGGAUCUAUUGUGUACAGUUAUGAAGCUAGUGAUUGCUCUUUCCUGUCAGAAGAUAUUAGCAUGAAUCUAUCCGAUGGAGAUGUGAUAGGAUUUGACAUGGAAUGGCCACCUGUGUACAAUAAAGGGAAACUAGGCAGAGUUGCUCUAAUUCAGUUAUGUGUGUCAGAGAGCAAAUGUUACUUGUUUCAUAUUUCUUCUAUGUCAGUUUUCCCCCAGGGAUUAAAAAUGUUACUUGAAAAUGAGGCAAUUAAAAAGGCAGGCAUAGGAAUUGAAGGAGAUCAGUGGAAACUUCUACGUGACUUUGACAUUAAAUUGAAGAGUUUUGUGGAACUGACAGAUGUUGCCAAUGAAAAGCUGAAAUGUACAGAGACCUGGAGCCUCAAUGGUCUGGUUAAACACCUCUUAAGCAAACAGCUUCUGAAAGACAAGUCUAUCCGCUGUAGCAAUUGGAGUAAUUUUCCUCUCACUGAGGACCAGAAACUGUAUGCAGCUACUGAUGCUUAUGCUGGUCUCAUCAUUUUUCAAAAAUUAGAAAAUUUGGGUGAUGAUGUGCAAAUGUUUACUUUAAAUAAAGAGGAGAAAAUACUACCUAGUGAUGUGAAAAAACAGUUGAGUUCAAUAUCUGAAGAGAUGAUGGAUCUGGCUAAGCAUCUUCCUGACACUUUAAGAAAAUUGGAAAAUCCACAGAGGGUUUCUGUACUGUUGAAGGAUAUUUCAAAAAAUUUGUGUUCAUUGAGGAAGAUAAUAUUUGGUUCUGCUAAAACUGAGGCAGGAGUGAGGCCCAGCAUUGACUUUGACUUGUCAUUGGAAGACCCAACUGUUGGUGUAAUACAACAGGAAGAAAUUAGACAACACAAAAUUUUUGCUAAAGAUAAGACAUGGGACAUACCACUCGAUAAUUUAAUUAAACAUGAUGGAGAAAAUGUACUUGAAAAUGAAGUGAAACAAGAAGAAGAUAGGUUUGAAGAUGGAAUAGAAAACAGUAAAUUGAAAGAUAAUUCAGAAAGAAUUGGUUUGAUGUCAUUAGAUAUUACAGAAUAUGAACUCCAACUCUUGGAACAGCAGGCUCGGGAAGAAAAUCUUAGUGAUGUUACUUAUACAUCGUCUGAGGUACUAAAUAAAGAGAAAAUAAAUUUUUAUUCAUUACAAAAAGAGGAUAUGGAAUCAGUUGCACUGAAAAUUAAUGUUUGAAUCUUUUCUUUGUUAAAGCAUUUAUCUUCCAAAGAUAAUGAAGAGGAUAUAUCUUAUGUGAUUGAAAGUGAUGAAGAUUUAGAAAUGGAGAUGCUUAAGUCUUUAGAAAGCGUAAGUGGGAACAUGGUAGAUCCAAUUCAUUCUAAAUGCUUAGAAAUGGAAAGAAAUGUGGGUCUUCCUACUGGUGAAAAUGAUGAAGAUGAAAAUGAAGAUACUGUGGAGGAAGAAGAAGGUGAAGAGGACUAUUUGAUACCAGAACCCAAUGCAGAACAAGUUACUUGCCUUAAGACCUACUUUGGCCAUUCCAGUUUUAAGCCGGUUCAGUGGAAAGUGAUUCAUUCUGUAUUGGAAGAAAGAAGAGAUAAUGUUGUUGUCAUGGCAACUGGUUAUGGAAAGAGUUUAUGCUUCCAGUAUCCACCUGUAUAUGCAGGCAAGAUUGGCUUUGUCAUUUCUCCUCUUAUUUCUUUGAUGGAAGAUCAAGUGCUCCAGCUUGAAAUGUCUAACAUUCCAGCUUGUUUCCUUGGAUCAGCACAGUCAAAAAAUGUUCUAGAGGAUGUUAAAUUAGGCAAGUAUCGGAUUGUGUAUAUAACACCAGAAUUCUGUUCAGGUAACUUGAACCUUCUCAAGCAACUUGAGGCUAAUAUUGAAAACUCCCCAAAUUUAAUUAAUGGUACUUUUUAUAUGAGUUUUGAGAUAAUUUUUAAUUCAAAAUUUGAGGAGCUAAUAAGCUCUCUCCUGUCCUUAAAAUCUGUUUUACUUCAGGUUCCAAUUGUUGCACUCACUGCUACUGCAAGUUCUUCAAUCCGGGAGGAUAUUGUACGUUGCUUAAAACUGAAGCAUCCUCAGAUUGUGUGUACCGGUUUUGACCGACCAAACUUGUAUUUAGAAGUUGGGCGAAAGACAGGAAAUAUCCUUCAGGAUCUGAAACAAUUUCUUACAAAAAAGACAAGUUCUGCCUGGGAAUUUGAAGGUCCAACCAUCAUCUACUGUCCUUCCAGAAAAAUGACGGAAAAAGUUACAGCUGAACUUAGGAAACUGAAGUUAGCUUGUGGAACAUACCAUGCAGGCAUGGGUAUUAAAUCGAGGAAAGAAAUUCAUCAUAGGUUCAGGAGAGAUGAAAUUCAGUGUGUUGUAGCUACUAUAGCUUUUGGAAUGGGCAUUAAUAAAGCUGACAUUCGCAAAGUCAUUCAUUAUGGUGCUCCUAAGGAAAUGGAAUCAUACUACCAGGAGAUUGGUAGAGCUGGCCGUGAUGGACUGCAAAGUUCUUGUCACCUACUCUGGGCUCCAGUAGAUGUUAACUUAAAUAGACACCUCCUUAGUGAGAUACGCAAUGAAAACUUUCGAUUGUACAAAUUAAAGAUGAUGGCAAAGAUGGAAAAAUAUCUUCAUUCCAGCAAGUGUAGGCGACGAAUCAUCUUGUCUCAUUUUGAAGACAAACAAUUACGAAAGGCCUCCUUGGGUAUUAUGGGAACUGAAAAAUGCUGUGAUAAUUGCAGGUUCAGAUUGAGUCAUUGCUUUUCCAUUGAAGACUCUGAAGAUACAUUACAGGACUUUGGUCCACAAGCAUUCCAGCUUCUGUCUGCUGUGGAAAUCUUAGGAGGAAAGUUUGGAAUUGGGGUUCCCAUUUUAUUUCUCCGAGGAUCUAAUUCUCAGCGUCUUGCAGAUAAGUAUCGCAGCCAUAAUUUCUUUGGCAUUGGCAAGGAUCAAACAGAGAGCUGGUGGAAGGCUUUAUCUCGUCAACUCAUAAUUGAAGGAUUCUUGGAAGAAGUUUCUGGAAGUAACAAAUUUAUAAAGAUUUGCAUCCUUACAAAAAAGGGGAGAAAUUGGCUUGAUAAAGCCAGUAAAGAAUCUCCUCAGAGACUUACCCUUCCAGCUAAUGAAGAAUUGUGUCCAAGGAAAUUUCUUCUGCCAAGUUCUAAAACUGUAUCUUCAGUCAUUGAAAAAUAUUCUUCUAAUCAAGUACCAAUUGAAUUAACUGCAGAUAAGAAGUCUAAUUUGGAGAAGAGGUAUUCUUACAAAGCAUCUGAUAAAAUAUCUUCUGGGAGUAACAUUUCUAAAAAAAGUAUUGUGGUGCCAUCACCAGGAAAAUUUGUUCCUGCAUCUUACAAGUCCUCAGAAUUUGUUAUUUCAGCCCAAGAGCAAGAGACUCAGACUACAUUAUAUGGCAAAUUGGUAGAAGCCAGGCAGAAACAUUCUAAUAAAAUGGAUGUUCCUCCAGCUAUUCUGGCAACAAAUAAGAUACUGCUGGAUAUGGCCAAAAUGAGACCUACUACAAUUGAAAAUCUGAAAAGGAUUGAUGGUGUUUCUGAAGGCAAAGCUACUAUGUUGGCCACUCUGUUGGAAGUCAUCAAACAAUUCUGCCAAGUAAAUAGUCUUCAGACAGACAUUUUUUCAAAUAUAAAACCUCAAGAACAGAAGAUGAAUUUUGUUAUGGAAACUGAAGAAUCCACACUUUCACAGUCUAUGGUUAUCACUUAUUCUUUAUUCCAAGAAAAGAAGAUGGCUUUGAAGAAUAUAGCUGAGAACAGGACUCUGCCUGUCAAAACAGUUGGCAUGCACUUAUCCCAAGCAGUGAAAGCUGGCUACCCACUUGACAUGGAGCGAGCAGGCCUGACUCCAGAGGUUCAGAAGAUUAUUACUGAUGUUAUCCGAAACCCUCCCAUCAACUCAGAUAGGAAUAAAAUUAAACUAAUUAGAACGUUAGUUCCUGCAAACAUUGACACAUACCUUAUCCACAUGGCAAUUGAGAUCCUGGGAAAAGAUGAAGACAGCAGACUACUAUGCCAACUUUCAUGUGAUUCCAACAAAAAGAGAUGUUUUGCAACCUCUCAAGAGAGCUGUUUAAGUUCCAAGAGAAUCAAGGAAGAAGAUACUGAUACCAAGACUUCAGCUGAAACCUCAAAGAGAAAAUUACCUGAAUGGUUUGCCAAGGGAAAUGACACCUUAGCUAAUGCUAACAAGAAAUCAAUGGCCAAAACAAAAAAGAAAGGUCUUUUUAAUUAA